AUGAUGAAAAUACCUCAACUGUUUGUCCUGCGCGAUCGGGUUCGGGUCGCGUUUAGGCCAAAGGGACAACAGUAUGAUUGUGCUUUGUAUUUAUUGUUUGUGAACGACUGUAAUGAUAUUCUUAUUUUUAAGACCACUUCAGAGCACAACCAUGAUCAGAUUGGUACGCGAGCUUUUGUUGAAAAAUGGCAGACUCAAACCGAGUUCAUUCACUAUUUUAAAGAAGAAUGGUUAAAGAAACAUCCAAAUUGGUUUUUAGGCGCAGCGCCGCGUUCACCCGCCACAAAUAAUGCAUUAGAAGCAUUCAAUCGGAACAUAAAAGACCAAAACACCUUACGUGAACGUCUUCCACUUUCACAUUUCUUGACCAUUGCCACUGAGAUGGUUGCUCAGUGGUCUUUACAAAGUUGCAGAGAACCUUUACCUGAAACACCUACUAUUGAGCUGAAGGACUGGACCGUUGGGUAUUGCUGGGCAAGGAAAGAUUUAAGAAUAAAGAUUUUAUCAUCCAACACGGCAUACGGCAACACGGCAUGA